AUGAACGACGAAUCUGCUCAGGAGAUCCCUCCUAUAAAUCAAGACCCCAUCAGAAACGCCGAGGGUGCUCAAGGCGCCAAGGCGCGGAUCACAAAGUAUCUUGUUGAGCGUGUUCCAGAAUUCGCAACGCUCAGUGAGAUUCGAGACAAGGGCUGGAAGAAUGCAGAGGGAGAUCGAUUCUUCCAGAACCAACGAAGACAAGCCGACGAAGGAUCCCAUACAACACAAGUGAUUCUCAACAACAUGAUGGGAAGAAUCGCAAAAGAAAUGCAGGGAGCCACCGGGGCUUUCAAGAUCCAGCCGACUCGCUCGAACACCGGACAUGAGCCCCAGAAACGUAUCCUUGACUGCUGCAUGGCCCCAGGGACCUAUCUACAAGCCGCACUUGAACACAAUCCCGGUGCUCACGCCUUGGCGUUCAGCCUGCCGCCAGAGAAAGGCGGACAUCCCUCAUUGUUGGUGGACAAUAAUGAACCUGAGGUCACCAUCAAAUUACUCGACGUGACCCUACUUGCGGCCGACAUGGGCGUCGCACCAGAGCAGAUCCCAUCAGACCACCCCGAUGCCGCGGCGUUCCUGCCGCGUCAGGUUGAGGACGGCCGACACUUUGAUCUGGUCAUCUGCGACGGACAAGUCCUACGAACACAUGCCCCGCACAGGGCGGCAUACCGCGAGAGACGCGAGGCGCGGAGGCUCAUCCUCACACAGCUCAUCCUGGGGCUCGACCACUUGCGGCCUGGGGGCACAAUGAUUGUGUUGCUGCACAAGCUUGAGGCCUGGGACACCUUGUGCCUUCUACGCACGUUUCAUGGGUUCUCUACCAUCCAGACUUUCAAGCCUUGGGCGGGCCAUCGGAAGCGCUCAUCUUUCUACAUGGUCGCGACGGACAUCAGGGCUGACGGCCCCGAGGCCGUCUCAGCGGUGAAAGCGUGGAAAGAAGACUGGAAACUUGCAACUUUUAUGGACGAGGAGGAGUACCAGUCAUAUACGGAGCGGGCUCAUCAGGAUGCAGACAAAAAUGUUGAUGCGCUGCUGACCGAGUUCGGCCGGGAAAUAAUUCGGCUGGGACGCAGGGUCUGGAGGAUUCAGGCCGAUGCACUGGCAAGAGCCCCUUUCAAUCGGAAGUGA